AAUAUAUAUAGUAUACUUUUACUUUGCUAUGUUGCAUCUUUUAUUCCUAUUUACUAUACUUUUAAGACACUUUUACUGCACAUAUUUACAUUUAUUUCAUUUUAUUAGUCUUUUACUACAUAUUUUUAAGCAUUUAAACUGAAAUUCGAGCAAUUAGAAUGUAUAAUUUCAUUGUUUUAUCACAAAAACUUCUUUAAAUUUGGCACAAGAGAUAAAACUGCUCUCACUCACUAGUUAUUGAUGAACAGAGAAAGCACUUUACCUUAUCAAUUUAAUCGUUUUUAAUUUUAUCUCUCGAGUCACGAAUGUAUGCAAAUGAGAAAAUGUUGCUUCGUUUACGUUUAAUAUUUGUUUUUUUCAUCUCAUUCGGGUCAAUCAAUGACCUCGUUUUGUAAACAAACAUCCCUCACUUCUAAGAACGUAUCUAUCUCUAGAUCUCUUGAAGCUUAUUCUGCAUCCUAGCAAACAUAUGGCGUGUGUCCUACAUUUUUGAAAGAUUAUGUAACGCAGAAGAAGAAAUGACAAUAACUUUUAGCGUAGUAAACACUCCUCAUCGAUUACUUUAGUAAAAGAUCUUACACUCGCUUGUAACUAUGCAUUGCGUGAUUCACCAGACAACAAAAAUAAUAGGGGCACACGUGAUAUACAUGCGCAGCUUUACGAUAUAAUGAGGGAGUAGAACUAAUUCGAAAAAUAUGUCCGAACCCGAAGCCAACAGUGUGUAUUCUAUAACAAAAACAGCGACUGAAAAUGGUGGCAAAGAAGCAAAACCCGAAUCAAAAACUGUAUCCGAGAAGGAUGGCGAAGAACCGAACCCACAACAACCACCCUCGAGGACAUCAACACGAAGGAAAACAAAGAAAACCAAAACAAAGAGAAAUCUGUGUAAGGAUCUGACAGUUAUCGUUGGUUCCACCCUUUUGGUUUUUGUGUAUGUUUGCUGCGGUGGACUCUUCUUUCAUCUUUUAGAAUCUCCUCAAAUGAACGAAAGGGAACAUCGUAUGUUGAGGUUGAAAAACGACACGGCAAUAAUUCUAGCUACUCAACUCAGAUUAGUAGUACCUCAUGAGGAAAUAUGGCUGAGGACGAUAUAUCAUUCCUUAGAUAUCUAUUAUCGCGAUCUCAUGGAAAUCUAUGGCUCAACUUCACACUUAAAAUCCGAGAAAGAUACAUGGAACUUUAAAAACUCUGCUUUCUUCUCAAUAUAUUUAAUGACUGCUACAGGUUCCUUCGAUUCAUCACCUUACACCACUUGGGGGAAAGGUGUGUCCAUAGUUUUCGCCGCCAUAGGAAUACCUUUAAUGAUAAUCUGGAUAAUAAUUGUCGGAGAAGGUAUGUCAUCAGCAUGGCUCUGGCUCUUCAGUUCGAAAUGUUAUUUUUUCAGGAUCAAGAAAAUCGAACCCGAAAUCAAGAAAACCCGAAAAAUUCAAAGUGCAAGAAAGAAGAAACCGGAAAUAUUGAUCGUUGCAGCCAUUUUGUCGGUGGUACUAUUUAUUAUAUAUUUUUUUCUAGGUGCAACUCUUAUCGCUUAUAAUUGUAACGAGUUGACAUUAAUUGAUAGUAUGUACGUUCUUUUCUUAACGUUUUCAACAAUUGGAACGAAUUGUUUCGUUCCUACGUCUGCUAAAACCAUUACCUUUAUACCGAAGCUUCUCAAAAAUGCUUACUUUGUAGGUUACGUACUGAUUGGUUACUUGAUUUUAUCAUUUGCAGUUUGUACAGUUUAUAAAUUAAUAAAAAUGAGAAAGUAA